AUGGAUGAACAUAUUCCUACAUUCUUAGCAGUGACAGGUGUUGAAGAUGAAUCAAUUGCCAAGCAAUUUUUAGAUGUGGCAGGUGGCGAUCUAGAAACUGCCGUCAUGUUAUAUAUGGAAUCUGGUCAACAUGGAGGUGCAUCAUCAUCUAAUAACAACCAAAGUAAUACUAACAGUGGGAAUGCAUCUGGAUAUGAUGAUGACGAAGAAAUGGCUAAAAGAUUACAGGAAGAAGCUUAUCGUGAUAAUGAUGAUGUAAGAGAAGCAGAUGCAAAUGUUCAUAGACAUGAAACUUUGGUUGAUCUUGGUGGUGGAAUGCCAAUGCAUAGUAUGAAUCGUCCAAUGGAUUUUCUCGGGAAUAGAAGACAAGGUAUUUUUAAUCAAGGUAUGGAUUUCGAUAGCCGAAUGAAUGCAGGAUUUGGUGAUAGCAUUUAUGAUGAUGAUGAUGAUGAUGACGAAGAUGAUGAUGAGGACGAUGAUGAAAUUCAAGUUUUGGAUUCUGAUGAAGAUGAAGAUGGUGUUAAUGUUCGUCCAAUUAGUCGUCGUAGACAACAUAUUCGUAAUCGUAAUCAAGAAUUAUCAUCAACUCAAAGAAGAUUAGCUAAUUUAUUUCGACCACCAUUUGAUAUUAUUCAAAAUAUGAAUCUUGAUGAUGCUAAAAGAGUAGGUAGAGAGUCUAAAAAAUGGAUCCUAAUAAAUAUUCAGGAUUCACUGGAAUUUCAAUGUCAAGUUAUGAAUAGAGAUUUUUUUUCAAAUGAAAGAAUUAAACAAAUAAUUAAAGAUAAUUUUAUUUUCUUACAAUAUCAAGUUGAUUCAAUGAGUGGACAACAAUAUGUUAAUUUUUAUCAUGCUGAUGAAUAUCCUCAUUUAGCUAUAUUAGAUCCAUUAACUGGUGAAAGAGUACAUAAAUGGAAAGAUGGUCAAGUACCAAUAGUUAAUGAAUGGAUUAAUCAAGUCUAUAAUUUCUUGGACACCUUUUCAUUAAAUCCACAAUCAAAUAAUCCAUUAGUUCAUCAUGAAGCUAAAAUUGAUCCAAGUACAUUAAGUGAAGAACAACAAAUUGAAUUAGCCAUGAAGCAAUCCAUUAUAGACAAUGGUACAACUAAUAAUAUUAAUAAAUCAGGUACAACUAUUGAUGAUGCUAUUGUAAUUGAUGGAAGUGAUGAUGAAGAACCAGAAAUUGUUUCUUCUCCAUCUGAAGAAAUUUCAAAAGAUCCAUUUGAUUCAAUUUUACCAAUAAAUCAUCCAGAACCUACUGAACAACCAAUGACAAGAAUUCAAAUUAGAUUUCCUAAUGGUAAAAGAUUAGUACGUAAAUUAAAAUUGGAUGAUAAAGUUAUAAUCAUUUAUGAAUGGUUGAAAUUUGUAUUACAAGAUAACUACCAAGACUAUGGUUUACAAUCACCUGAUGAAAGAUUCAAUUUAUCCAAUAGUUCUGACAAAUCUUUGAAAUUUAUUGAAUCUUUAGAUAAAACUAUCGAGGAAGCUAAUUUGAAAAAUGCCAGCAUUCUUUUGGAACAAGAAUAA